UGCAUCCGCCUUGCAACCAGUCACUGUGGAUCGACUACUUACCGCCCAAGCCCCAAUCUCACCAUGUUCGAAGCAUCGCCAAGAUAAGGACUUCCGCCAUAAGUGCUUGCCUGCUAUCGCCCUUUUCUCCACGUCCCAUCCCAUCAUUUCAAUCCAAUUUGUAUGACAUUAGCCGACUUCGGAAUUUCAAACAACCUCGCGGCACCCAGACAAUUUCAACAUGGCAGCUGCUGCUGCCAUCACCGCGUUUGGUGCAAUCAUCGGCUACAUGGGUGCAGAGGUGGCUGAAGAUGCCAUGUUCGAGCGAGUACUCUGGCCACAACGAUUCCACAACUAUCUCGACAUUUCCUCCUUUGCCAAGCUCUCCCUGCUGAGCAGCAUGAGCGGGCCCUUGCAUCGGGCUGCUUUAGAGACCCUCGAUAGCUUCCGUGAUCACGGGCUCUACAAAGGCUUCCUACGUGGAGACAUACUUGGGACGCCCUUCUUCGCCGAAAAUAGUGGGAUCGAAUACUUCUAUCGAACCGCUUUGUCGCAAAAGCGUCGAGAAACACCUAGCAGCGUCCGCAACGGGCUCUGGCUCGAGGUCUUGAGACAGGUGGAGUGUCGUCGCAUCACCUCCAAUCAGAAGAUCACUGGCAGCGAUGACCACGAGGCGGCGGUCGUCUCGUCCCGUGCAAUGAAACCCAUUUUUCGACUUUCACUCGAGAUAUUGCCACGGGAUGGUUUGCGAAAAACGCCGGGUGUGGAUGUCUCCGAGUCUCAUGUCACGGUAUGGACAUUUCUGGGCAUUCUAGCGAGCGAGCUUCCCACUCUCUUCAUUGCUAUCGCGACCGGGUUGUGGUAUCGAUUCGGCAACAGCACAAGUGAAUUGCCGGACGUCUGGCUCGCGCCAUUUCUCUGCAUCCCCCUUUUUCUAAAGAUUGUGGCUGCUCUGUUCACGGUCCGUCGCGAGGACAUUGUCGGACCUGCUACGAUGGUGAACAUGGCCACUGCUGAAGACAAUCGUGUUAUGAGUGAGAAGGCACCACCAUUGGACGCUCCGAGAAAUCCGGAUCAUCGAGGGAACCCUCUGAAACCAAUCUCGAAUCCACCAAGUGGCCACCAACAACGCGAAGAAAAAUCCGGUGCGACUGCCUUGUCGGUUCAAGAACCAUCCGGUACGCCAGGUCGCCAAGAAAUCAUCGAAGUAAUGUGUCCAUCGCUCGGCUACGUGCUUAUUUGUACGAACAGUAAGCCGCCUAAUUCCUCCGGGCUGUUUCAGUUUUUCCGUCACUACGGACAUCCGAUUCGAUCUGCAUAUAUGGAUAGAGUCAGAGAAACCGUGAACAUCAUCAUUGUUUACAUGUUCGUUCUUUAUUUCCCCGCUGGGCUCUUCGCACUCUCUUGGAUGAAUGGGCCGGCUCAGUUUAUCUGGCUAGGCCAGCAACUUUACUGUGUUGCGGCCAUGCACAUCGUGCGGCUUGCAGGGUGGCAAGGUUGCUCUAGGACCGAAGAGCGAGUUGCCAAACUGCUACUGCAAAACAAAAUCGUUUAUCUCGUCGGCAAGGGAGGAAGUGUUCAGGUUAGCUUGAAUAUUGAGGAUGUGCCUUCCGUUAGGGAGGGGAAAGCAAGAGUACAGGCCAUCCUACAGCAGAAUGAUGAAGCAGAAUAGCGCACGCGUAGCCAGGCUACAGUCGUGCUAAGUCUUGGAAAUUCUGCCAGAAACCACCACGCUCUGCACAAAAGAUAUAACACCACUGGUCUGGCAUUAUUAUAUUCAUCGUUUCAGCGCGGUUCUUAGGGAACAUAUUCGUGAUAGAGUUAGACUUCGCAAGACUGUAUCCUGCAUUUGACGAACUGACGGGGGGACUUGCCAAAGUCAUCAAGUCCAUUAGGGGAGGACGAGCAGAAUUAUAUGUUUGGGAUAGUCGUCUGGCAGUUGAAGAGCUACAUAAGAGUCGUGUAACACGGAUGCGAUCUUCAGUCAACCGCCCUCGAUGUCAGCUCGGCAACACGCUCAAUCACCGAAGUCUGCCUUGAGGGCCACUACUUACUAGACCCUCAUCGUUAACUACUCUUAUCACUAGUUAGCGGAACCGUACCAUGUCUCAAAGCCAUAUCUGAUGGUCCAGCAGCUCCUAAACGUCGACUCAUUAUCCUCAAC